AUGCCUCGGCUUGCUUUUAUCUCCUUGCUCUUGGCCUGCAGCACUUCGAUCAAUGCGGCGGUGCUCAACACACGUCAAAGUGACAGCAAUGCAACCACGACCGUGACCAUCUCUCAGCGAGACGUUGACCCAGCAGCCCGUAAGAAGGAGGUUGCGUACCGACACGACAACUUCCUCUACAACGUCUCUCAGAUCGGCAAUGCAGCCGCAUUUCCCAUGGGCAAGAUUGGCGAAGAGCGCGUAGCGCUGGCUUGGGACCAGUGGCAGGUUGACCGCAACAUCAUCACGGCCGACAUUCAGAAGGAUAUUGCGCAGAUCAAGCAGGCAAUUAUUGCGAACAACGGCACCCUCAAAACCCUAGAUGACUACGCAACGGUUCUUUACAAGGACCAGUGGCUCAAUGCAUCGCCGUUGAAACCUGCUCUCGGUUCUUUGACUAAUUACACCCUUGACUCCUUCUUCGGCGGAGAGCGCCUGGUCCGCCCUUACUCGCUGUACAAGGCGACUGACAAGGACGCAAAGCUCAUCGAUAUCUCUGAUGAGGAGGCGAAGAAGAUUGCGGGUUCCACAGUCGCCGAGCUCCUCUCUGUUAAUCGUCUGUUCGCCGUUGAUCACACCUACCAAGCCGAUCAAUCUACCUACGUCCCCUCGCAAUUCAACGACAAAUACGGACCUCCAGCAUCCGCACUCUUCUACCUCGAUGACAAAAAUGAUCUGCUUCCACUAGGCAUCCGCACUAAUGUCGGAGCGAAUCUCACCUACACACCGCUCGAUGAAGACAAUGACUGGCUUCUUGCCAAGAUCAUGUUCAAUGUUGCGGACCAGUUCCACAAUCAGAUCUACCAUCUCACGGCUACACAUAACGUGGGAGAAGCACUCCAUGAGGCGGCUAUGCGCACGCUGAGUGAUAAGCAUCCUGUCAUGGCGGUGCUGGAUCGGCUCAAUUAUCAGGCAUAUUCUUCGCGACCUGUCGGUGAAGCGCUUUGCUUCAAUCCGAUGGGCCACUGGGACGAGAAUUUUCAUAUCAGUCAAAUAGGCUGCCGCAACUUCGUCACCAAGCACUGGCCCACGUUCGGCGCCUUCGAGCCCAACUAUCUGCAAACCGACCUUCAAGCACGCGGUCUCGUCGACGAGUCCGGAAAAUCCCCCUUCAAACAGUUCCCCUUCUGGGACGACUCCUCCGAGAUCGUGCGCAUCCAACGCGAGUUCUUCACCUCCUUCAUCGACACAUACUACAAGUCUGACCACGACGUUGCCGCUGACCACGAAGUCUGCGCCUGGUUCAAGGAAGUUCGCCGUGGACCGACUGGUCCAGAGGUCGAAGGACAGGGCCUGACACCCGUUGCCUCUUUCCCUGAGAAAGCGACCAAGAAGAUCCUCAUUGAUGUCCUCACGCACAAUGCCUGGCUGCAAGUAGCGCACCACUCGCUCAACGCGGGUGACCCAGUACGCUCUUCCCUCACACUACCGUUCCACCCCGGAGGUCUGUACAAACCCGUUCCUGAAGCCAAGGGCGUCGAGUCCAUCGUCCCGUUCUUGCCUAACGCCACUGCGUCGAUCACGUACAUUGGGUUCCUGGCGAGUUUCAACCGCCCGCGGUACCGGACUAUGGACCCGCCGCGUACGCUGGCACACGCAUACUCUGGAACUGAGUUCCUUGCUCGUUUCGCUGAGAAGGAGGUUCAUAAUGCCGCGGACAAGUACCUGGAAGCGAUGAGCAAUCUGGGCGCGAAGAACGACGCACGCAAGAUCGAGGAGGAUGGGAUGUGCACUGAGCAGGGUAUUCCGUUCUGUUGGACGGCGCUCAACCCGUCGUACAUCCCCUGGUUCUUUUCUGUUUGA